CCGCUUCCCAUUACUUGAUUCUUUUCUCUUCGUCUUUAUCCGCUCAACAACAAAUGUACAAGACCACUUCUUCACAAGCGACAGUCUACACGCAAUUCAAAAGAGCAACGGCCACCGUUGCUAGUAAUUAUCAUGACGAGAGGUUAUACACUAGCUGGUCCGCGAAACAGCGGCAGAAAGAGCAGCAGCAACUGACAACGUCAAAAGUGAUAACUCACGCAACAGUACCAACCACUUCUACUGUAUUCAAGUACUCUCAGCAACCUGUAUUGAAUUAUAAACAGAAUGAUGACAAUCUAUAUUUAACGUUGGAGUACUGGAGGCGACACUUGGAAUUUGUUAAUGCAGCAGUAAAAGACGACGAUGACGACGAUGAAGAUGACAGCAGUACCAUUGGUUUUUUGGCGCCAUUAAAGGAAAGAGACAAUUCAUCCCCAGCAUGUACAGCACCACUAGCAUCACCAUCACAGCAACAGCGGCGAGGAAUUACAUCAGCAUCUGAAGAAGCGCUAGCAACAACCAAAGAACAGACUUCCACAAUGACGACGGGGACGAUGAGGAAAGGACGGAUUCAACUGCUUCCAGAUGAGAUAAUCUACCAAAUAUUCGAAUGCUUUGAAGUGUAUGAUUUGCUAGAAUGUGCUAGUGUUUGUCCAGCUUGGUGUAGCAUCAUCAUGGUCGAAUACCCAGAAUUUUGGGAGACAAUUGCACCUUUUUUACCCAAAAUGGAUCAAGCCAAAAUGCAAUCCCUGCUACUGCCGUCGCCAGGUUGUACAAGGGCUGUCCUGAAUGGCCCCAUGGACAUUGAUUUGGCGGAUAGCAUACUUUCGCUUAUGGCCUAUUACUCGGGAAUGAAUAACAAGACAGUUGAAAAGCUAUACUUUAGCGAUUUGGUGUUGACAGAACAGGCCUCGCAAUUUCUCGCUCAAGCUUUACAGAAAAGUCCUUCCUUGAAACAAGUCAACUUUAGCAAUUGCAACAUUCCAAUCCACAUGGUCGUCAACACCCUAUUACCUGCCUGUACGAAAUUGGAGCACGUAACUUUCUCGCAGAGUACCCCAGUGGACGCAAGAUACAGCAUCCCGCCAUCGAUGCGAAAACAGAUACUACUCAGCGGCCAUCAUGACUAUGCAUCACUUACAUAUCUCAAACUUGCGUUCCAGCAUUGUGACUCUUUUGGCGAUGUUUCAACGGGGCAACUAUGUGGCAUCCUACGGCGGUGUCCUAACCUAAAACACCUAUUACUGGAAUCUGCAGGCGCACUUCACCAUGGCGACUGUAUCAAUGGUGCACUAGAUCAUUGUCCUCGACUAAAAACGCUAGCUCUGACCCCCGACGCGGAAAUGCCUCCCACCUUCACUAUCAACGAAAAUUACUACGAUAAUGAUGAUGCUGUUCAUGGUGAUGGUUUACAACAUCUUGUCUUGGUUGGCAGAAACAUCAAAAUAUCAGACAAGGAUCAUACACGAGUUUUUAGACAGCAUCAUCAAACGCUCAAACUCGUGUACCUGUAUUACGACACGGCCACCAUAAUUCAAUCCUUACAACUGCUUGUCAAAUUCGGAGCGCCCAAGUUACAGGAAUUACGGAUAUCGAACGACGAAAUCAUUUACGACGACAUAACAAAACGAAAGAAACCAAAGGCUGUUGAUGAUGACCCGUCGUUCGUCGAAAAGCUAUUGGUGGAAAUGUUUUCCGGCCGGUGUUGUCCAGCACUAGAAGCCCUCGAGCUUACCCAACGUAUCCUUGGUAUACCGUCUUAUUACUAUCCAAAAAAGAACCAGUACGCCUUCACUUUGCAAUGGCCGUUCUAUCACACCAAAGUUGCAACCAACAAAAAGUUCCAGUUUGUCCUCGACGUGGAUGAUUCGGUAUUGGAAGCAAUUGCCAGCAAUUGCUCGUUGCUACGACACUUGGUUAUCAAGGGACUCUACAACACUACAGAUAGUGGAUGGAUGCAAUUUGGAGAUAUGAUGCUCAAUCACGAUGACAAGGAUGGGGUGCGUGAUAACGGUUGUCGUUUGGUCGAUCUGGCCAUCCAAGCAGAGUUUGAUCCGGCGUUGGAGAUUAUCAAAAAACUCACAAAUGUAAAGAGAUACCGUGUCUAUCACUAUCCAUCUUUUCCUCCCAGCGCGCCACGGCCAGAGCAGCAGAUUGAAAUGGAUAGUAUAAUGCAAGAACGACCAGGUGGAAAGUUUCAAAUGGUUUAUGUUAAUUAUGAGACGCCUGACGAUUACUGGUACGAUCGUCGGCAGUCUUUCUCUGAAGACUUGAAAAAUGUAAUAUAAUAUGAAAUACACACGUUUCACUCUAAACAAAAUUAGUGUUACUCUUGUUGUUGCCAUCCCCACGCAUUCAAUGAGUUUCUAGGCAUGGUUUGAUGUAAUAGCAGCCCUCUACUAUCCUUCCCCCCCCCUCCCUUGAAUGCAGGUACAGUAGUGGGU